GUCAAUCACUCACGCAACAAAAGCAAAAUAAUAAUUUGUCAAGAAAAUCGUCAUUGAAUUAUAAUUUUGUCUAAAGAAUAAGUAAUUUUGUAAAAAUGGAUUAACGUAAAAGGUUGUCUGAGUUCCAGUUUGUGUAGAAUAAUAACAAAUACAGAGUGAUGACGUUGAUUGUGGAUCAUGUAACCUUAAAAGUGCAAAAAGUCAAUAGAAACAAACUUUGUCAUCUCAUUGUUUGAUUAUCAGUUUUAUUAAGAAUAAGGAGUGGUUCGCCAUGUCUCAUUUCAACGAUUAUAUGGACGGAGUUCCCGUCAAAAUAUCAGAAAAAUACAAAAGACCUCCGCGAAUAGAAUUGCCUUAUAGUGUUUCUGAAUGCCCUUUACGAGCUCAGAGUGUCGUCGACAGUCUCAAAUAUUGUUCUACUUUCGAAACUAAUGUACUUUCUAAACUCAAGGAGCUUCGGCGCGCCAAGGAGACAAAAAAAACUGAACGGCGACACCGGUUACAGCUUUUAGAGGAGGCUAAGCAAAAAAAAUUAGAUGUCAUCGCUGCGGCAGAGGCUGAAGAGAAAUUAAAGCAGUUGAGCGUAUCCGAGGUAUCUUACCCGAGCACUGAUGAGAUCAGUGCACUGUCCCCUGAUGAAAAAGCUGAUACAAAUCCAGCUGAGUCCAACACAAAAGCAAGUCCUGAAACUGUUGAUGUUGCUGCUCAAGAAAUCCAAAUACCCACUACUAGUAAUGCCCCUGACCCAGAAUUAAACAUUCUCCAACCAAUACAAGUGCAAUCUAACUACCAACAAAAUAGUCUUCUGGAUGAUCCAGAUCCAUUACAGGAAAUAAAGAACAGUGCUAAAGUUACUAGGAUACAGCAUUACAAUCAUAACAUAGAAACAUUAACUUAUAAAGAUUUUGAGAAUGAUACAUCAAGUCCUUUUGAUAAUGUGGAGCUGAAGACAAUAAAUGAUAUGGAGUUACUGGCUCAAGUUUUGCAAAGUCAGAGGGAUUCCGGCACGAGUUGCCAUCCUCAGAUGUUUGAGCCAGGUUAUACCACAAUUCCUAACUGCGGAUCUCAGGCGCAAUUGGAAGGAGUAACAUACCUACCAAAUGCAUACAUUGAACAGCCUAUACAUGGUCCUGGUUUGAUGUACUCCCCAGAACACUAUCCGGUAUCAAAUGGAUAUUAUGUACCGGAAAACACCUGUGAUAAUAUAAAUAUGUACAUGCCAAAUUAUCAAUAUUACGUUCCAGCAAAUUCAUAUCAAGGCGUUGAUCCGAAUUAUUAUAAUCAAAUCCAACCAACUGAUAUUAGCCAAGUUCCUACUGACUCUACGUUCAUUCCUCAACCUUAUUAUUUCCAUUGUCCUCCUUCAUCUAUUGCAUAUCCGUCUCCGAAUGUAACAUAUAACAAUACACCAAAUCAAAACCAAAACCAGAGCCCUUCAUCAGUUUCGUCACAUACUGUGAAGUCCCGAUCACGAAGCGUGCCCGAUAUUGUCAAAGAGUUGGAUGAAGAAUUAGCAUCUGCUAAAUUAAGAGCUAACGAGAGAUCAUAUAACGUAAGUCCGGCACCAAAAGUGGUUCCUGAAACGUCUGGUAGUAAAAAAAGGGAAGAACGGAGAAGUAGGAAGAAGGAGCACUUGCCGAACCCAUAUGAUAAGUUGCCGUCUAAGUUGCAGAAUAUUUGCCAGAAGAUACAGGGGAUGGGGUUCCCAUUGGACAGGGUAGCCAGAGUGUGUAGUCUUUUAGGUGAUAAUGAUAAAAAGAUAAUUGAAGGCCUCCUGAUGGUUGGUGAGCUGAUGGACCUGGGUUUCUCUGAAGGCCGAGUGACAGCAGCGCUGGCGAAGCAGGAGUUCAACAAGGACAAGGCUUUGGACGACCUGGUCUCCUAACACAGGCUCCGAAUGCAAUGGUUCUGUGGUUAGAAUUUAUCGAUAUUUGAUGUUGAUCAAUGCUCGGGAGGAACAGAUAAGAGCUCUAUAGAUAAAAUUGUCUAUGGUCAUGUUAAAACUAUACAAUAAAUUGAGGCAAUCUCAUACUCAAAGAAAUUUGAAUGAUAAAAGACAAUAGAAAUGCCGUUUAAUAUUUGGAACUACAAGAAAAGUAGUAAAGCAUAGUUGUCACUUAAAUCUCAGAAUUGAUGUGCAAUAUGAAAAAUUUAUGGUGUUAAAAAUCUUAAGACGUCACAUUUACCAGUAAUUACUUCUUCUAUAGUCUUAAAUUGUUCCAAAUUCUAUGGGCAUACCUAAUUUACUCACAUUUUGGUCUAUGGUUCAGUUAGAGUUUGUGAAGAGUUACUUGUCCUUGUUCUAUGGAUGAAAAAUUCGCAUAGAUAUCUGUAAAUAGUGUUUAAAGACAAUAUUAUGCCUGCCAGAUGUGUAGAGAAAAUUGUAAAAAGUUCCAGAUUGUACACAGCCUUAGGUGUCUUAUAGAGCGUGUUAGAAAGUUAUAUGAAGCUUUAGGUUUGAAAGCUUGGGGAAGUUUACCUUACUGAUAUACAGUACACUAUCAAAACUCCAUAUACAAUUUUAGGAACAUGCGUUAUGAAAAUGUAUGUAUGGAGUUUUGCAGGUGACUGUACUAUAUGUACAAAAACCCUGUCGGAUCCGCAAAUAUUUACUAGUUUCUCGACAGAGAAUGAGUAGAAAAAAAAUUAUAUCUCUGAAAAAAGAUAUGAUAGGCUUGAUAUGGCAACACUUUUUUUUGGCGUUCCAUUGGCUGCAUACGCCGCCGCGGAAACGGUGUUUUAUUUUAGUUUGGGGAAAAUUUAUAUAAUUUGAAUUUAUUAAAAAAAAUAUAUGUUAUAGGUAAUGUGACUUAAGUUUUUGUUUUCAAUUUCUUUUCAUUCAGAUACUUAUAGUACAUAUAUUUUCUCUUUGGAUUGGAUAGGGUUUUUGGUACUUGUUUGUAUGUCAUCGUCCUGACGUCGGUCCGUGAAGUGUGUGGAGCUCAGGCUUCGCCUUAACUCCACGGCGGAAUAGGAAAAAAUGGUUGUCUUUAUAUGGUAUACAAGUUUUCGGUCCAAUGCAUUAAGGCAGUCCUCAAAUGCAAAAUUCUUAUUUAUUGAAUUAUUUUUAUUAAUUGAAUCUUAAAAGACUAGUGCUUCAUACGAUAUACAGAGAUAAAAAGUCGCAGUUAUCAGCGAAAGGGCGAGAUACUUAUAAAGUGACAAGUAAAAGUGUCCAUGAACUUUAAAUCAUUUUGCAUAAGGUUCAAUAUCUGAUGAUAUUUUAGACUGCCUUGCCGGGCAAACGUCGUUAUACUUAGUAAAUUUGUGAUUUGAGCCACAGUGUAAAUAAAUUGAAAGUGGCGUUUAAAGGAGAUAUAGAAAUAUAUGGAAGGUUAUUUAGAAGAUGCUUUUAUGUAGGUAUGUGAAAAUUCAGAAGAUAUACAUAGGUAUGUAUCAUUCAUUUUCAUGGCAAAACUAUACGGGAAUUUGAAAAUUCUUUGUUCGCUGUCAUUUUGAUCAAGUUAUAUUUUAGGAAGUGUAGUUUAUACAGGGUGUCUGGUAAAUCGCAUUGCAUAAUGAGGAACAUAGAAAGGAAAUAAUGAACACGCUUAACUUUAUAUAAAAUUUUAUAUUAUACCAACAAAAUACUACUUUAAAACAUAAAAAUAAUCAAAAUAGUGCAUAAAGUCUCAGAAUGUUUGGUCACUGCGCGCUCGCUACGCGCAUCAGCGAGUUUCGCCCCGCGUGGGUUCUCACACCUCUGGGUUUGGUUGGACAAUUAGGUAACAUUUUAACCCCCUAUUUUUUUUAAUAACUUGGAACGAGAAUCAGACACAGAUUGCCCGCUUUCACUUGCUAUGCAACACGAUUUACCAGACAUCUUGUUUUUCUGUACGGAAUUGGAAUGAAAAUACGUUCAUCGGUUUAGGCGUGAAAGCGUUAUAAAGAGAUUUAUGCAUUUAUAAUAUAAAAUUUUGCAGAUGUUUUUUUUUGAUUCUCAACUAUCUGUCACUGCUUGAAGCUGAUUUAAAUCCGGUCUGUUAAUUGAAGUUUUCACAAAUUUAUAGACAAUAUCAAAAUGAAACUAUGAAUUUUUUCAGUCAUUUCGGUAAAUGAAAUAAUUGAAUUGUUGUAUGAAUUAUUAAACAACAAAUUUAUUUGCAUUUAAUAUUUUGCAUAUUUUAAAGUUGCCUGCACAUGCCUAGGGGCCUAUUCACACUUAGAUUCGGCUGUUAUCUUAUUCUGUCUUAUAAAAAUUGUCCUCAUUGGCAGGCCCAGAGCACAGAAUAGACAGUCCAUCUAAGUAAGAAUAGAUCCUAAUAGUUAUAAUGUACUUUUCAGGGCUAAAUCGGUAUUUUGAUAUGAUUUUCUCACACUACUUCUUUUUUCUUUGUAUAAUGAUAUUUUUCAUUUCACCAAUCAUCUGAUUUGUCAAAUUUAAACAAUUGAUAUUGCUUACCAUACAUUUUUAUGGGACAAGAAUUGGUAUUACAUAUUGAGCCAGCUUAGUAUGCAAUGUAGGUAUAAUAAAUAAUUUAUUCAACCGAUGCUCCCUGAAAAGUUAUUACACUUUUUAUUAUUACGCCUUUUAAAUCACCAUUUUAUUAUCUGCCCUUAGUUAGUUAUUAAAGUUAUAUUUUUGUAUUAUACUUAUAAUAAAUAUUUCAAGAGAUAUCUACACUUCAGUUACUAUGUCCGGGAGGGGUGGUUUUGAGAAACUAUCGCUGUUUCGCUUUUUAUUAUGACGUGAAACGGGAACGGAUAGAUUUUCGCGCCAUAAAAACAUCGCCAUGCUACGUCUGGUAGAGAAGAAAAAACAUAGUGUGUGCAAACUGCUAUUGCUAGUGUGUGCUAGAUCUAUACUUUUAUUUACAUAUUAUUUAUUUAUUUAUGUACAUCAAGGAAAAAAAUAAGAAUAGAACUUAAACUAAAGAGAAAUUAAGUACCUACAAGGACACUAUUUAUUUCUAUUCCCGCGUGAUUGUAAAAUUUAAUUAAACGAAUGCUAAUUCUCACGUUUUGUCGAUUUCUACGACGUCCAUGGUUAACACGGAGUGGUCCUAUUCUAAAGUGUGUGGAACCACACGGCACAUCUCGAUCAGUCUCCCAGCGAUAGUAACUGAAACUGCAGUUAACUCUUAUAAUAAAAUACUCUUGUUUUUAAACAAGGUGUAAAAUUAUUCCACGUUGUUUGGUUUGUUGCAAUUUAAUUUAUUCUAGUUGUAACAGAGUGAUAAAUUAAUUGUAAGUAUAUAAAUGCUUAUUAAGAGAGCUCGUGUGAAUUUUCUACGACACAGCUUCACACAAAACAAUGUAUUAUAAAUAAACAAAUAUUUUCA